GCUCUGGGCCGCGCUCCUCGCUCGCCCUCGGACUCGGCUCCCGUUGCGAGCGGCCGCCCUCCCCGCGCACCGCGCUCAGCGCCCACCGCCGGGCUCUCCGCGCCGGACUCAGUACCUCGGCUCCCCGGGGCCGGACCGAGGCCGCAAGCAGCGCCGCGGGGUGUGGGGCGGACCCAGGAGAUGAAAUGACAACGUCAACCCUCCAGAAAGCCAUUGAUCUGGUGACGAAAGCCACAGAAGAGGACAAAGCCAAGAACUACGAGGAGGCGCUGCGGCUGUACCAGCAUGCGGUGGAGUACUUCCUCCACGCCAUCAAGUAUGAGGCCCACAGCGACAAGGCCAAGGAGAGCAUUCGAGCCAAGUGCGUGCAGUACCUAGACCGGGCUGAGAAGCUGAAGGAUUAUUUACGAAGCAAAGAGAAACACGGCAAGAAGCCAGUCAAAGAGAACCAGAGUGAGGGCAAGGGCAGUGACAGUGACAGUGAAGGGGAUAAUCCGGAGAAGAAGAAACUGCAGGAACAGCUGAUGGGUGCCGUUGUGAUGGAGAAACCCAACAUACGGUGGAACGACGUGGCCGGGCUGGAGGGGGCCAAGGAGGCCCUCAAAGAAGCUGUCAUUUUGCCAAUCAAAUUCCCACAUUUGUUCACAGGCAAGCGCACCCCCUGGCGGGGGAUUCUGCUGUUCGGACCCCCUGGCACAGGGAAAUCCUACUUGGCCAAAGCCGUGGCAACAGAGGCCAACAACUCCACCUUCUUCUCUGUGUCCUCCUCAGACCUCAUGUCCAAGUGGCUGGGGGAGAGUGAAAAGCUGGUCAAGAACCUGUUUGAGCUGGCCAGGCAGCACAAGCCCUCCAUCAUCUUCAUCGACGAGGUGGAUUCCCUCUGCGGAUCCCGAAAUGAAAAUGAGAGCGAGGCCGCCCGGAGGAUCAAAACGGAGUUCUUGGUCCAGAUGCAGGGGGUGGGGAAUAACAAUGAUGGGACUCUGGUUCUUGGAGCCACGAACAUACCAUGGGUGUUGGAUUCGGCCAUCAGGAGGAGGUUUGAAAAGCGAAUUUACAUCCCCUUGCCGGAGGAAGCUGCCCGUGCCCAGAUGUUCCGGUUGCAUCUGGGGAGCACUCCCCACAACCUCACGGAUGCAAACAUCCACGAGCUGGCCCGGAAGACGGAAGGCUACUCGGGUGCGGACAUCAGCAUCAUCGUGCGGGACUCCCUCAUGCAGCCCGUGAGGAAGGUGCAGUCAGCCACACACUUCAAAAAGGUCUGUGGCCCCUCCCGUACCAACCCCAGCGUGAUGAUCGAUGACCUCCUAACCCCAUGCUCACCAGGGGACCCAGGAGCCAUGGAGAUGACGUGGAUGGAUGUCCCUGGGGACAAACUCUUAGAGCCUGUGGUUUGCAUGUCGGACAUGCUGCGGUCUCUGGCCACCACCCGGCCCACGGUGAAUGCAGACGACCUCCUGAAAGUGAAGAAAUUCUCAGAGGACUUUGGGCAGGAGAGUUAAAAGCUGCUUCACUUGGGCGAUGGUGAAGGUGGGAGGUUGAUGGGGGCAAAUGCAGGCACUCCCUGUGUCAGCAGCCAGACAGGGCUUGUCCCAAAGUCACUACAGAGACCCCUCUGCUGGCUGGCCGCCUGCCAGGGAGCCCGAAGGAAGAGCCUUGCAGCCACAGACACUCCACUGCCCUGGGGCACCCGGUGGACACUGGCUCUUCCUCCUUCCUCCUCUCUUGGAUGCUCACCAGCUCCUUCUGCCCCCCCCCCCUUUUUUCCAUCUUUUGUUCCCCUAAAUUAAUGCUGCUUGGAUUUUCGUCUUGUUUAUAAAUAAAGAUAAAAUCACCUGGAAGUGUCAAGGAGUGGGGGGCGGGGGGAGCAGCCAUGCUGCGAGGUCACCCAGACCUCCAGACAGUUGGCCAGCUCCACUGCCCAUUCCUUUUACACCCAAGUUUUGCUCACUGAGAGCAAAUUGGCUGAUGUUCCUGCAACCCCAGCCCAAGCUCUGCCUCAAAGACUGAGUGACAUAAGCCAUUCCCACCCUCCUAGGUUCACAUCCAGGGCUGUGUCUUCCUUGGGGGAGGAGAUGGUGUCGUUCAGAUCAGGGGAAGGCAGUCAGGCGGGUGUUCACUGCCUUUUCUUCCUGAGUGUGAGAACACUGAACCCAGCCACUGCCCCCGGGUCCCUGUCCUGGAAAUGGUCUAAUAAAUCCUUUUCCCUUCUUGAGCCACCC